AUGAAUAACAGCAUGGCAUGCGUUACUUGCGAAAUUUCUGAACCAACAUAUAUUUCUUAUAAGGAUAAAAUUUUAAAAAAAAUAAAAAACGAAGUAGACAUCUACUUGCAUAAAAUAAAAGGGCUCGGAAAGUUCAUACAAAUAGAUGAAACUGCAAUAUGUACGGGAAACGUAAUAUCACACCCCACUUCUACACAUGAGAAAUUUCCGGGUACAUCAUGGCUUGUGGGUGGUAUAGAUGAAGCAACAGGUGAUGUUUUUUUACAAAUUGUUCCAGAUAGAAUAGUACCUACUAUGCUUGAACCUUUUAAAAAUUUUGUUGUAGAAGGAACCACCAUUAUAACGGAUGGGUGA